AUGGUGAAUCCGCCCCGUGUACGGCGCGGGGGACGCAGCUGGCGAGGGUCCGGGGCUCCUGGGUGCGGCUCACCUGAGCGCGCGUGCAGGGGGAGCCCGGCCGCGUCGGUGCGCGCCGGAGCAGCGGGCUGCAGGUGCCUGCCGGAGGGCACCGCGCCGCGCACCCGGACCUGGGUUAGCGUCCCGCCACGACGUGUUCGCGGCCCAGGGCCAGUUACAGGCGGGCAACCAGCAGGCAUUCGUCCCGCAGGCCACCCAGUGGCUCGGCACCCGCCGGCGUUAGGGCCGGAAGCGGGGCCGCUGGAGCUGAGCACGCGGAGCAGCGCUGGGCGGGGCCUGCAGCCGCGCCCGCGCCGCCAGCCGCCGGGGUCCUGCCGGGGCCGGCGCGCCGAGCGAGGCAGCUGCGGGCGCUCUCGACGUCCGGAACAUUUUCCGGGUCGCCGUGGGGAGGGGAAAGUCCCACGGAAGCGGCGGCAGACGACAGCAAAGGGCCGUUUCGCCCGGACUUCCAGCCCGAUGCUCGCCAGGACGCCCGCCCAGACCACUGACCGAUGCUACUUCCGAGACCCACGGUGCGGCCGGGGCGCGCGCCGCGUCGUGCCUAAAUCUGGGUCCCGGCUUAGCCCGGCUCUUUAUAACCCGGCCCCUGGACCUGGAGCUGCGGCCGCUGUUACUUAUUGAAGGCCUACACUGUGAUAGGCGCUGACACAUAACCGUGAGUAAACAGACAUAGAACUUACAUUCUAGUCAGGCCAGACAAACAAGAAAGGUGAGUAGAAUAUAUGGAAAUCCCAGCAAUUCCACUCCUAAGUAUAUGCCCAACAGAAAAGUGCAUGUGUGCGCCGGAAGACACCUGCGUAAUGUUCAGAAUAGCCCCAAACUGGAUACAACAGCAAACGUUCAUCAACAAUUGAAUGGGAUAAAAAAAUUGUGGUAUAUUCGUACGGAAUACUCCACCACAGUGAAAAGGAAUGAACUACUACUAUACCCAACAAGGAAGAAUCUCACAAGUAUAUUGAAUGCACGAUAUAUAAUAUUGAACGUAUAACAAGGUAUAUUGAAUAUUGAUAUGAAAGAGUUCAUACUGUAUGAUUCCAUUUAUAUAAAAUAUAAAGGCAAGGAAAACAAAUCUACAUUAGAAUCAAGAUAGUGCUUAUCCUUGGGGUGCAGUGGAGAGUGACUAGAAAGGAACACAAGGAGCUUCUAAGGGGCUGGUAAUGUUCUGCUUUUUGCUCUAGUUGUUGAUUACACAGGUAAUAAACCUUGUGAAAAUUGA